AUGCGCGACCAUCCUGAUCCGCUUAGGAUGCGCGACCAUCCUGGUUCGCUUAGAAUGCGCGACCUACCUGGUCCGCUUAGAAUGCGCGACCUACCUGGUCCGCUUAGAAUGCGCGACCUACCUGGUCCGCUAAUGAUGCGCGACCAUGCUGGUCCGCUAAUGAUGCGCGACCUUGCUGGUCCGCUCAGAAUGCGCGACCUUCCUGGUUCGCUAAUGAUGCGCGACCUACCUGGUCCGCUUAGAAUGCGCGACCUACCUGGUCCGCUAAUGAUGCGCGACCAUGCUGGUCCGCUAAUGAUGCGCGACCUUGCUGGUCCGCUCAGAAUGCGCGACCUGCCUGGUCCGCUUAUUAUGCGCGACCACAGUGAUCCGCUUUUUCAAUUCAUUUUAAACGUUACGUAA